UGUUCCCUGUAUGAAGCCCGUCUAGAAACUGCUUCUAAUCCAAUAAAGAGAUCGUUGACAGAGAAAUGAACGGAAUAUAAACUGUGGUUCUUGGACCCAAAUAAGGUGCUUGGGUCCGGGGGCGCGCGCCUGUAAGCCGGGCGCGCGCUCGCUGGUCCGGUUUGAGGGUUGAGAUUUGAAAGUUGGAGUUGAGAGGAUCCGGGCGUGCUAUAAAACGUCAAAGGUUCUGUACAGGGUUCGGGAUUACUGACUGAAGAGGACAGGUGGUCCUUCAGCAUCUCUCUGAGACCCCUGAAAUUGUUCCAGAGUGAUGGAUGCGGAGGUGGUUCUCCAGGAGGAGGACAUGGAGGGCUCGUGGACGUUGCUGUCUUUGUUCUCCUCCUUCCUCAUGGUGUUUGGGGGCGCCCUGCCGUACAUCCCACAGUAUCAGGAGAUCCAGAGAAGCAGCAACACUGAGGGUUUCUCCACAAGAGUUUGCCUGGUUCUGCUUAUAGCCAACAUCCUGCGAAUUUUCUUUUGGAUAGGGAAACAGUUCGAGCUGACCCUGCUGCUCCAGAGUGUGGUAAUGAUCCUGACCAUGCUUGCCAUGCUCCACCUCUGCUGCACAGUCCACAGCACCAACCGAGUGAGCACCAAGCAGCAUCGGCUUACAGACUUGGAGCUGCACUACUUUUGGAAGUGGAGUGCUUUUGAGGACUACCUCCUCUUCUGUUUUGGUUUCACUGUGGUCUCUGCUGUGGUCACCCUGCUGCUGUUGGACUACAUCAUGUUUGUUGAGACUCUGGGCUCCCUGGCUGUGAUGUUUGAGGCGAUGCUUGGCAUCCCGCAGCUGCUGCAAAACUUCCACAACAGCUCCACCAAAGGAAUGAGUGUGAAGAUGGUCCUGCUCUGGACAGCGGGUGACGUCUUCAAGACCACCUACUUUGUGAUGAACGAAAGCCCAGCUCAGUUCUGGGUGUGUGGUUCAGUCCAAAUCCUCAUCGAUGUGGCCAUCCUGCUUCAGGUGCUGUUUUACAGCCAGGACACUUGGGCCAAGCUUGGGUAAAGCCUGGCUCAGGAAGAAGAACAUUUUGGGAGAAGAAUCAUAAAAUCAGUGGCUUGUGUUUAAAUGUGAUUAUUUUUUGUAUGUUUGACAUGAGAAAAUGGAGAAAACCAAAGUAAAUGUUUUAGUAUCCUCUGUAUGGUAAAGUCUCAGAGACCCAACCAAAAUGUAUCUAGAAGAAACCCAAUCAAUAUAUAAUAUGAAAGAAACAGUA